CUAUCAUUUAUUUUGUGAGUGAGCUGUCAUGCUGUGUUUAAGUACGUGGUGAGCGAGCAGGUAAUCAAACUCACUUCCCUGCUGCUCUCGCUUACGAGCACCUUCAAAGCUUCUGCUGAUGUUAAUUGUGUCCGUCAAGAUCUAGCCGAUCUUUGCGCCGUUGACAACAAUUAGCUGCAAGUUCUGAUUGCUGCUGGGUGGCUCAGUCUAGAAUCUGGCCUUACAAAUGCGAUGAGCCUAGCUGAAAGCAUCACUGCCAAAAUGCCAUGCCACACCCCUUCAAAGGUUGUUGGUCUGGUCGAUUUUGGCAUGCAGUGCAGCUUGCCUCUGGCUGACAAGUCUGUCGGCUGCUCGUUGAAACCAGGGAGCGAGUCUAGGAGCGUGCAGACUACGGAGGCUUUGGAACAGUUAAGCUCCACCUCAGCUUCGAGGCCUUGUAUUUCUCCAUCCACUGCCAAAUGUGACAACUCAAGGCAAGGAUGCCUCCACCGAUGUCACCUGUGUGACUAUGAGGCUAAUGAACUAUUUCUUCUGGAAGCACAUGCCAGUGUCCAUACUGCCGAGAAGCCGUUUGAAUGUCCUUCAUGUUAUCAGAGCUUCUCAAGCAAGGGUCACCUGCAAGCCCAUGUGAUCAACACACACACCGGCGAGAAGCCAUACCAGUGCCCUUUCUGUUCUCAGGGCUUCUUCUACAGAUCCCACUUAAGCAAUCACCUGCGCAGCCACACUGGUGAGAAGCCAUAUCACUGCCCUUCAUGUUCUCGGAGCUUCUCACGCAAGGGUAGCCUGAGUGCCCAUGUGAUCACCCACAAUGGCGAGAAGCCAUAUCAGUGCGCUUCAUGCUCUCAGGGCUUUCUAUACAGGUCACACUUCAACAAUCACCUGCGGAGCCACACAGGCGAGAAGCCAUAUCAGUGCCCUUCAUGCUCUCAGAGCUUCUCACGAAAAGGCAAGCUCAAUCAGCACCUGCGCAUCCACACAGGCGAGAAGCCUUUUAGGUGCCCUUCAUGCUCUCAGAGCUUCUCAUUCAAGGCCUACCUGAAUGCCCACCUGCGCACCCAUACAGGUGAGAAGUCGUAUCAGUGCCCUUCAUGCUCUCGGAGCUUCUCACACAAGGGUCACCUCAAAGUCCAUAUGCGCACCCACACAGGUGAGAAGCCAUAUCAUUGCCCUUCAUGCUCUCAGAGCUUCUCGGUAAAGAGCCACCUGGAAACCCACCUGCGCACCCACACAGGCGAGAAGCCAUAUCAGUGCCCUUCAUGCUCUCAGCGCUUCUCACGCAAGUGUCACAUGAAAGUCCAUAUGCGCACCCACACAGGCGAGAAGCCAUAUCAGUGCCCUUCAUGCUCUAAGAGCUUCUCAUUAAAGUGCAGCCUUAGGAAACACAUGAGGCAAGAAGCCAUUUCAGUGCCCACUCAGCCUUCAGAGAUUCUCGUUGCAGAAUGCCCUGAAGACACACCAGUGCAUUCAUACAGGUGACUGGCCAUAUAGUUUCACCAUCUUCUCCAGGUCCUCAUCACUUAAACAGACUUAAAAGAGCACAGCACCAUGAUACUGUAGGGUAGGUCAAGAAUCUCGUUGAACUAGAGUCUGAAUUAAAAAUCUACAUAUGUGCAACAUGUUACGUAGUGUUCUACAGCAUCAGGUAGCACAAGUGUCACCACAUGCUCCUAAGCGGAAGCUCUUGCUCGGGCCCCACUCCGAUGCCGCCUAUAUAGACGCAUGUAAAACGCAGUAAUGCUUUUCUGAGAUAACCAGUGGGCCGAUUAUAAGUAAAUUUCUUACAUCUGAGAGGUAAGAUUGAAUUCUGGCGACUGCUGGAAGCAGAUUUUUGGUUGAAGGCCUGAAUGUUAUAACAGGAAUUUACAAAGAUUGUUCAGCUUGAAAAAAAAAAUUGAAGCAAUAUGUUUAUAAAUUGUAGCUCUGCACCUGGAAUAGGUAUUGUAGUUCUGUAAGUUGUAUAUGAUAAUAAUCCAAAGUGUACAGAUUUGUUGUAUCAAUUUAUAUCUUUUGUGAACUUGUUACAUUGUUUUCGGGGACUUUGCAAAUGUCAUCAUCAUCAGCGUAUUUUACGUCCACUGCGGGUUGAAGGUGAUCUGCAAUUACCCCUGUCCUGUGCCAACCGAUUCAAACUAGGGCCUGCGAAUUUAUUUAUUUCAUCAGUCCCCUUUGUCUUCUGCCAUCCUAGACUGUGCUUCCCUUCUCUUGGUACCCAUUCUGUUACCCUAAUGCUCCAACGGUUAUCUAACACAUUACAUGACCUGCCCAGUUUCAUUUUUUUUCUCCUAAUGGGAAUUAGAAUAUAAACUAUGCCGAUUUGCUCUCUGAUCCAGACUGCACUCUUUCUGUCUCUUAACCUGAUGCCCAGCAUUCUUCGUUCCAUGGCUCUUUGCACGGUCCUCAACUUAUUCUCCAGAUUCAUUGUCAAUCUCUAAGUCUC